GUGAGCUGGACGCUUGGACUCGAAUGUAUACCACGCAAGAUGACCUUGCUCGUCGUCCGAGCAGGGUAGUUACGUACCACUCUGUGACUUCUCGGCCCAUCUUUGUUCCACCCCUUGUCCCAAAUCCUCAGAUCCUCACAGUGCAACCGACUGGAAGCCCCUGGUACCGUGCGCCAGAACCCUACCACUGGCCUCAAGAUCUACAAAUGCAAGAGCACGAGACGUUCAGAGGAUACCAUCCCCCGUCCGACAUUCCCCAAUAUACAGUGCCUUUUGACCCUAUGGAUACCAUCUUUCCGUUCCAUGCAUCGGGUGUUAGCUUGGACUAUACAGAUCAAAUGGCCAAUUUGAAGACAGAACCCACAUUCACGAAUCCUUUCAGCACCGGGUAUGACUCGUGUGGCGAUCAUUCUAGUGGUGCGUUACGGCCAGUGUUCAUGCCACCCGAAGAUAUCUCGCCCCUUGAUUGUAUCGCCACUAACACCAACCAC